AUGAUCAGUGGGCUGCUGCACAAAACUGGCCCCGACGCCAAACGCCUCUGUGUCAAGGACCCCUUCAUCGAUUUCAAUUUAAAGUACCUCCUGCAUCUCUUCCCCAAUGGAAAUCGAACUGUACGUAUAGUAGGCGUUGACACUUCAAAUCCCGAAAAGUUAGUUAAGACGUGGAACAGUCAUUACAAAUACGUGACCGCUGAAUGCGAGGCAUCUGAAAGAUGCAUGAUCGUCCGCUAUGAAGAGUUAGUUUUACGACCGAGGGAAACUUUAGGUUAUGUUCUCGCAUGGCUUGAUGUCCCAUGGGACGAGGUAGUGAUGCAGCACGAUCAAAACAUGGGAGAAGUGAAGUUGUCACGAAAAGAAAAGAGUACUCAACAAGUGGUUUUCCCGAUUUACACAGAAGCACUGAACCAAUGGGCCUUACCAGGAUCAAAGAUUUCCCAAGCCCUCAUUCUCAGGUCCCAGUCGAUGGAAAUGAUGAAAUAUUUUGGAUAUGCAAACCUGUCAAUUCCACCCGUGUAUGGUAUUCCAGAACCGGAGGUGCUACGACGAAGCCAGUCGCUGCGUAUGAACGCUGAAUUUAAGAAACUUUUUGACUCAUUGCAUUGA